AUGGCGGACGAACUGGAUUACCUACAACCGGAUUUCGAUUUGAAUUCCCUCACUGUGCCUCGCCUUCGCUCCAUCCUGGUCAAUCACGAUGUGUCCUAUCCGGCCUCCGCCAAAAAGGCGCAACUGAUCCGCAUUCUGGAGGACGAAGUCCUUCCGCGGGCGAGGAAACUCCUGCGAGACCGCGAGAGGGUGAGGAGGACAAGUGCAGGUAUCACAGAUAUGAGUAGAGAGAACUCUGUCGCCGGGGACGAAGACGACCGCGACUCAUUACCCCUGCCACCCACUCCAUCGACAACCGGAACCAGACGAGGGACAUCGCGGCGGAGCGGCCGUGCGUCGACCAUAGAAACUGAUGGAGGCUUCGCUCCGGCUACACCUGCUACGACGAAGCGGAAGACCGCUGCGCGAUCAGUGGGCAAGCACCCACGUGCCUCGGAUACAGAAACUGGCGAUGACUCAACUGCGACUCCGGUUGCUGCUGUGGGUGCUUCGCCCCGCAAGUCAACUGUGCGGAAGCUGCGGCGCAGCUCGCUUUUGCCGUCGACCGAAGUCGAUGAAUACACACCGUCUGUCAAGACCGAGCCUAGGGAUGACACCGUCUUCACGGAUGACAACCCCUUCCAGAGCGGCAGUCCUUCAGAAGUUGUGAGCCGCCGAACGUCCAGUUAUGAUGGAAAGCGGAAGAGCGGCGGACGACUAUCUACAGAGAGUCCUGCUUUGAGAAACAGCUUGCGGUCUCGGAAAUCAACCACCCCUAUUAACGUCAAACAAGAAGAUGGCUAUAGCGCGCCCUCAAGGGAGUCGUUCGAUUUUGCGUCUCGCCUCAGGCCUACCGAGGAGGAGCCUGAGGAGGAAUCUGAAGAAGAUGAGAGCGAAUUAAGUGCUGGCGAGGAAUUUACUCCAGAGGAUCAGCUCGCUCUAGAGACUGAACAAUAUGCACCGCUUACGCAGGUUCGAAAGCGACCCAAGAAGCAGGGCUCGAUGAGUAUAAUUGCUUCCUGGUUCAUUAUUCUCUCGGUUCUUGGCGGGUUCGGUGCCUGGUGGCGCAAGGAGAAAAUUGAAAUUGGUUACUGCGGCCUUGGAAAGCCCACCUGGUCCCUGGCUGAAACCAACGUGCCAGAGUGGGCUAACGUCCUGGAGCCUCGAUGCGAGCCCUGCCCAUCCCAUGCGUUCUGCUAUCCCGACUUUGAAGCUCGUUGUGAGCAUGAUUUCAUUCUCAAGCCUCACCCUCUGGCUUUAGGUGGUCUGGUGCCUCUUCCGCCAACCUGUGAACCGGACAGCGAGAAGGCACGCCGUGUCAAGGCUGUUGCGGACAAGGCUGUCGAGGAGCUUCGUGAGCGAAGGGCAAGAUGGGAGUGUGGCCAAUUGAACGAGGAUGGCAAAGUCGCAUCCCCCGAAAUUCCUGAGGCUGAGUUGAAGGAAGAAGUUGCGAAGAAGCGACGCAAGGGUCUCAGUGACACAGAGUUCGAUGACCUCUGGAAGGGUGCCAUUGGCGAGAUUAUUGAAAAGGAAGAAGUCGUGAGCAACACCAAGAAACCUUCCGCUGUCCUCGUCCUCAGCUCAACAUCCACUGCCCGACUCCCACUCAGCUGCGCCUCCCGCCGUUACGUCCGACUCGCUCUCCUCGCGUAUCGACUCCCUCUUUCACUUCUAGUUCUGGCAGCAUGUGCUCUGGUUUAUGCCCGUGCUCGGGUUCUUGCCCGUCGUUCUGAUAUCGCCCGUGUGCCGGAGCUGGUCGCUACAACCCUCGACCGUCUUGCGACUCAAGCUGCGCUACAUAGCCGCGGUGGCGCCAGAGAGCCUUACAUCCCUAUCGGCCAGCUUCGCGACGAUGUCCUGCGCUCCGAAUUGCACGGCAAGCGGCGCGAGGAGCUGUGGCACCGUGUCCGGCGUGUCGUGGAGGAGAAUGCUAAUGUGCGUGCGGCCGUCCGCGAGGGCCGCAGCGGCGAUGUCGCCCGCUGCUGGGAAUGGAUUGGCGGCAUUGGCAGUGUCAACGCCACUAACGGUAGUCCCGGUGAGCUUGGCAGCAGUCCCCGCCGUGACAGUGCACGGUUUUCCCUGCCUUCUCCCUCGACCAAUGUCGAUGCGGAUCAUCACAUGAGUGCUGCCAGCAAGGAUGUACCUGUGACGAGUAACAGGCAGUCCAGCCGCUGGGAUGAGGGGCGUCCGAUCUACUAA